AUUUUCAAGCACAAAGAGAAAAUUCAAGAGAUUGCUACAACAGCUACUAAUGAGGCUACCUUGGAGUUGAUGUUGCAAAAGGUUAGUGAUUGAAUAUAUUAGAGUGAAGCUGUUAUAUUUAAUGUAAAGUUUAUAUGAUAUCUUUAAGUUAAGCUGAUCUCAUAUGUUAUAAUAAAUCUGAUCUCGUAUGUUAUAAUAAAUCUGAUCUCAUAUGUUAUAAUAAAUCUGAUCUCGUAUGAUAUAGUGCAGCUCAUAUGUUUUCAUCUGAAUUCAUUUCUUUUGUACAACUCAUCUGCUAAGUUACCCUCUGCUGCCAGAUGUGUCAUCUGUUAAGUUAACCCUCUGCUACCAGAUGUGUCAUCUGUUGAGUUGACCCUCUGCUACCAGAUGUGUCAUCUGUUGAGUUGACCCUCUGCUACCAGAUGUGGCAGAAUUGUGUUUGAAGCUUAUGAGAAACAGGUGUCCCCCUUUUUUAUGACACUGAACAACCAACACCCCAGCUGCACCAUCAUUCCAUCAUGUUGUUCAAAGAGAGACAGUAGAUGUGUUCUUGCCCAUUAUGCCACCAUCAUUCCCUCAUGUUACUCAAAGAUAGACAGUAGAUGUGUUCUUGCCCAUUAUGCCACCAUCAUUCCCUCAUGUUAUUCAAAGAGAGACAGUAGAUGUGUUCUUGCCCAUUAUGCCACCAUCAUUGCCUCAUGUUCAAGAGACACAGUAGAUGUGUCCUUGCUCAUUAUGUCAUGAACCUUCCUGAGCUCUUCAUGUAUUUUAUUAUAAAUCAUUUGCAACAUUUUUUUAAUGGACAUAUGACAGAUGAAAAAAUAGUCAGGAAACACCAUAUCAUUGCUGGAUACUUUCCUUUUGUAAAAUAUUUUUGAGCCUCAGUUCAAAGUUUUAAAGCUGGUGAACUGUUGGAAAAAUGUCCAAGCACAUUUAUUUUUUCUUGACUUUUGUAUAAUCAUAAAUUACUUCCCAACAGGUCAUUGACCUAUGGCUUUCAACAGACUUUCGUCUGGUGCCUCAUGCAGGGCGUGAUACUAUGGUUAUUUAUGGAGCUGAUGACAUCAUGGCCCAACUUGAAGAGAGCCAGGUCACUGUAGGAACCAUUCGUGGAUCCCGCUACAUUGGCCCCAUUAAGGUUAAUUUUUAAAAAUUCUUUGUUACUUUUGGUAAUAACAAGAUAAAUGGAUAAUAUGAAGCAAACUUGUCUAACAUAGGUUUGAAGCAUUAAAAAAAAAUCUAAUUUUAAGUAUUGCUACAAAUUUCUAUCAAAAUACUUUGAAAUGUAUUUUUCCAUUUAGGCCCAAGUUGAAGAAUGGGAAAGGAAGUUGCAGGUUUUUUCUCGCACACUUGAUGAAUGGCUGAAUUGUCAAAGAAAUUGGCUCUAUUUGGAGCAAAUAUUUAGCACCCAAGAUAUUCAGAGGUACUGCUUUUUUUUCUGUACACUUCAAUAAGAUUCUUAAGGAACAGAGAUUGAUAAUUAAUUUGACCAGUCCUCUAUGGUUUAUUUGACCAGUCCUCUAUAGUUAAUUUGACCAGUCCUCUAUAGUUACUUUGACCAGUUCUCUAAGGCAAAAGAGAUUUAUUUUUAAUGCAUGUAAAUGUAACGCCAGGCAACUGCCAGCUGAGUACAAGCUGUUCAUGUCAGUAGACAAGGCGUGGAAGGAUAUUAUGAGAAGAACAAGUGAUAGGCCAAAUGCCUUGAAAUCAGCCAUCACACCUGGGACUCUGGACACACUGCAGAUGUGCAAUGCCAACCUGGACAAAGUUCAACGUUGUUUGGAGGUUAUUUUCGUUAAACCUGUUUUAAUUAAAGAUCAGAAAGAUUAAAUAAAUUUGUUGUAUUUUAUUUGUAUUUUACUUGUAUGUUACCUGUAUAUAUCUUUCUCCUUGUUGUCUCCAGGAUUAUCUAGAGACCAAGCGGUUUGUUUUCCCAAGGUUUUAUUUCCUUAGUAAUGAUGAACUGCUGGAUAUUCUAGCUCAGUCCAAAGAUCCAAAUGCUGUGCAAGUAAGUAAAGACAUAAAGAAAUGUGCUCAUAAACAAUAAUGUUUUGCUAUAAAAAUUCUCAAGAGUUUUAUUUCCAAUAAAAUGAAUUUUUAAAAAAUAAGGAUCGCAUGAUGGCUUGAAGCAGCAGAAGAUAACUUUAUUAAGAUCAUUACCUAUUUCUGUUUAACCAAGUUUUCUUUAUCGUGAUUUGUUUGACACCAAAAUUUCUUGAUUUUUACUAAUUCUUUUCAGCCCCAUCUUGGCAAAUGCUUUGGUAAUAUAAAACAACUGGACAUUCGAUUCCUGCCAAGACAACCUCCCACUGUCAGAUCAAUAAUCUCUUUUGAACAGGAAACAAUCUUAAUGCCAAGGUAAAUUAAUCUUUGUGUAAUUGUGUAAUCUCAAGUUGGGAGUAGAAUAUGAACCCUUUUGAGAUGGAGCCUUUUUGGAGUGUUUGGUGCCAAGAGGAUGGAGUCCUUUUUACAAGCUCGGCAACCAUAUUGCAACAAAAAUGUAUAUAUAUAAUAAAAAACAAACUAAUUACUUUAAAAUUAUAAAACUAUUUACAUUCUUGUAGGGAAUUAAACGAUCUAAUUCUAUCUUUAUGAAUCAAACUGAAAUCUCAACAUUUAUGCAAAUGAGAUAUCCUGGUUUGCAUAAUUUGUACAUGCAAUUUUAUUUACACUUAUAAUGAACAGAUCUUACUUGCAGAAUUUUGUUCAAUUUUAUUAUUGUUGAAGCCUAAAUAAGCUCUAAACCAUAUUUGAAUAAGAAACAUUGUGAAAAACUACAUAAAAUAUUCCCCUUUUUACAUAUUUCAAGGUGAAAUAUUUUUUAAGCAUUUUAGGGGUUGCUAGGUACAAACAAAAUUGAUAUCAAAUGAUAAAAAUUGCUAUAAAAUGAUAGAACAUCAUAAGAUAUCAAUGGAAGCUGCCAUUAAAAUGGAGAGAUGAGCAAGCAAUGGGAACAACAAUCUGAUUAGCUGGUAUGGAGACCAGCCAGCCAAUCUUGGGGCUUGAAUUAUUAGACUGAUGGAUCAACCAUUCAUCUUUUUUCAUCAUUCUACCCUGGGCGGAUCUGUAGCAUCAGCUAUCCCAAGAGGGUUGAAAUAUUAGUGUUUCCAAUGUCAGCGAACUAUUUUACUACCCUAUCUCUAUUGCUCACUUGACUUAUCUAGAACCACUUUACCAUAACUUGACUUGGUCAAAAAUUCAUCAGGAGAUCAUGAUAAUUUUACCAUUUAUAACUAACUUUUAGUUCUAACUUUUAGUUCUAAGAAAAAAACUUUGCAUGAAAUGUAACAGAAUAACUCAGUUUGAGAAAUGUAUGUAUCAGGAAUGUGAGAGCAAGAGGAGCAGUGGAACAAUGGCUGGGAACUGUUGAGGCUGGCAUGUUUGAAACAGUCAAAAAGUGAGUAAAUUUGUGGAUGUUUGACAAAUCCACAUCUUAUGACAGAUCAUUUGUUUCUUCCCACCAAUAAAUAAAUUAAGAAUAUUGACUGUGAAUGGGGAAUUCAAUAUCUCUUCUAAAAAAUUUAACAUAAUUCUUUUAAGGCACUUGAAAAUUGGUCUGGCUGAUUGGCAAGCUGCAAAUCUAAAAGAUUGGGUUUUGAAACAUCCUGGCCAGGUGGUUCUUACAGUGGUAUGUUUAAAUUAAAAACAAUAAUUUUAGGUAGGAUUUCUCUCUGGAACACAGUAAAUGAUCUUCUAUCAUUAGAAUAGUAAUUCAUAAUACCAUCCAACACCUCACUCCAAACCUUUCCCUCAGUCACUACCUGGAAACCUUAAAAACUCAUAACAGAUUGUAUCUCUAAUUUAUUAUUACUAUAAGCCAACUAUAGCUUAUGUUAUAAGAUGCUUGUAAUGGUAUUUACAACUUCUAUAAAAAUAUAACAAAAGUCACAAUUCUCAACAGAUUCAAAUUAUGUUUAACAAAGAUGUGACAAAAUCAUUAGACUCUGCUGACCCCAAAACUGCCCUAAAGCAGACACAAGAUAUUAUGGUUGGUCUUCUCAAUCAACUGGCCAGCUUCACAUAUGCCAGAUUGCAGGGUUAUCAAAGGAUGAGUAUUGAAGCUCUGCUGACAAUUACUGUACACAACAGGGAUAUUAUCAUUGACAUGAUCAGAAACAAAGUUAGGAAGAGAGAAGACUUUGAAUGGAAGAGGUACAUAUUUUGUAUGAUGAUGAUAAAAUUGGGAGGGCUUAAACUUUAACAUUUUUUUUUAAAAAGUACAGUUUACAUGAAACGUUAAAACCUAGUGCCUGUUAAUUUGUUAAUUUCUACAAGCUAAUUCUCUGUGUAAGCUUUAUUUAAACAUUUUUGUACUUAUCCCUUUUAGUUGUUGAACACUUUCAAGCUUUUAUACACCUUGUGCUCCAUCCCCUCUUCCAAAACUUUGUUAAGAAUUUUAUAAAAAUUUAUUAUACAAUCUAAAACAUUUUUUAAAUUAUUGUAUGGUAGUAAGAUAAAUUAAUUUAUAGUUUUAUAUUUCAUGUAAACAAAAGGUAUGUUUUUAUUAUAACACUUAAAUGUAAAAAAAAAAUGAUUAUUCUGUUCAAACUUUGAUCUCUUUUAACUGUUGUGUUGACUCACAGACAACUCCGCUAUGAAUGGGAUGAAACUACAAAUAACUGCCAAGUGCUACAGAGUAAUGCUAAUUUUCUGUAUGGCUAUGAAUACCUUGGCUGCUCCACCAGACUUGUCAUUACACCACUUACAGACAGAUGCUACCUAACUCUCACCGGGGCCUUACACCUACACCUGGGAGGUUCACCUGCUGGGCCAGCUGGCACAGGGAAAACUGAGACUGUCAAAGAUCUGGCCAAGGUCAAUCUCCAACGUUUCUUAGUUUAUUUUGUUAAUUCAUGUAACUGAACCCACAUUUUGUUUUGAAAAUUAUAAUUACAUUAAAGUAAGAAUAUUACUUUUGUGUCAUAGUACGCUGAAGAAAAAUUUACAAAAUGUUGUCUAUAGAAGUUAUCAACAAGUAUUUUAAUGAGGGUACACUGACAUCUUUGAGGUUUUAUGUAUACAUUAUUUAAUUUUUGUGCAUUGCACAGCAACAACAAAAAAAAACAUGAAUAAUGUAGAAAUAUUAUUUUUCAAAGUUAAAAAGUUUUACCACCCUAACUUGAAUCCAUGCCAAAAUACCUGUUUUAAAAGCCAAACAGUGAGACAUUAUUGAUAAUACAUUUCACUUAUUUUUGUUUUGUUCCUGAUUCAGGCCAUGGGUAAACAGUGUGUUGUAUUCAAUUGUUCAGAAGGACUGGAUUAUAAGGUCAGUGAUGAGACUGCAGUACAUGCCAUUUAACAAUUGAAAUAUAUGUAUAGAUUCUAUCCUGCUACCAAAAUUUUCAUAUACAUUAAUUUAGAACACCUUCCAUUGGUGAGACUAAAAUUAAUUAGUAAAUGUCAAUAUGAAUCAAUAUUUAUUCCCUACCCACUACCAGAAUUCUCAUAUUGAGUAGUAGAUCUGUAGCUUCAGUUUUUAUAAACAAACUUAAAUUUUCAUGCUGGUGUUUAGUUUAUUUAGUAUUUUUUAAAAAAUAAUUGUACUAUUUUUCUAUUUAAAUCUAUUACAGAUGCUGGGCAAAUUUUUCUCUGGAUUGGCCCAGUCUGGCUCCUGGUGCUGCUUUGAUGAGUUCAAUCGUAUUGAUGUGGAGGUCUUGUCUGUGGUGGCCAUGCAGAUUCACACAAUUAAAACAGCCAAGGAUGCCCAGUCCCCUAGAUUUAUAUUUGAAGGUCGUGACAUUAAACUGAAUCCAACCUGUGGCUACUUUAUCACCAUGAACCCAACGUAAGUCAAAAUGGUUGUUUCGUUCAGUUGUUUCGAUUUGUUAACAGAUUAAGUCUGUUUGUGGCUUUGUUUUUUUUUUUAGAAACUUACUAAUGUCAAUUUUUCCCAUGUACAAAAGCUGGUCAGGGCAUUUAAUGGUAAAGACUGAAUACUAUUUCUUCAGCUAUGCUGGUCGUGUGGAGCUUCCGGACAAUUUGAAGUAUUUGUUCCGACCGGUGGCCAUGAUGGUUCCUGACUAUACCCUGAUUGCAGAGAUUAUGUUGUUCUCUGAGGGCUUUACUGAAGCCAAAUCUCUCUCCCAGAAAAUAGUCAAUUUAUAUCAGUUGGCGAGCAAACAGCUUUCCCAACAAGACCAUUAUGACUUUGGAAUGAGAGCCAUCAAGUCUGUUCUUGUCAUGGCUGGCCAUGGCAGACGUCAGGUUUUAUUAAAGUAAGGAUUAUUUAUAUAAAAAAUUAGUAAAAAGUUAGACUUGAAAAUAAUUUUUAUUCUGACUAAUCCUGCUGAAGGCUUCUAAAAAAAAUUGUUUUUUUGUUUCAGAUAAAAUAAUGCUCUUAGUUUUUUUCAAAUAAUAUUUUAAUUUAUUCUCAAAUGCUACAGUAUUAAUAAGUUUUAUAUUAAAAUUUCACCCUUAAAUAAUGCCGUCUAAUCUCAACUUUUUGAUUUAUUUAAAAUCAUAUUUUGUCAUCUUGCUAGUAACCAUCUGAACAUCCAGAAAAUAACAGAAAAUGAAGAGUCUUACAUUCUCAUUCACUCAUUACGAGAUGCCAACAUGCCAAAGUUUUUGGCAGAAGAUGUGCCCUUGUUUGAAAGCAUUCUUGAUGAUUUGUUUCCUGGAGUUACGCCCCCUGACCAAGAUAAUGGUGUGCUAGAAGUAUGCCAAGAAAGAACUUUUGAAUAUACGUUUUUUUUAUAUUAGAUCCUGCUUAUGGUCAAUAACUACCUCCUGAAUCAUGAUGAUUUUUGAAUAAUAACAUGUCAAACAAUUUUUGUUCUAUAUUUAAUUGUAAUAAAAGAAUUUUUGAAAGGAAGCAAACACAAUCAAGAGUAUCAUAUUUUGAAGCUAACUGAUAAAAGCAAAAUAUAACUGCUAUCAUUAAUGAUAAAUUAAUGUUUAAAAGUUUUUGACAGUUUGAAAACAAAAUUAAAACCAAUACAUUAUGCAGGCAUGGAACAAAUCUUUAGUGAAUAAUUCCAUAUCCUGCUUUAGUUCUACUUAUGAGUUAUUUAUCUUUAGCUCUGAGGAUAUGGUCAUAUCAAUUUGAGAUAUUCAUUCAUGCUGCUAGAGAAGGUCACAAUGCUUCUCUCCUUUUUUAGAAAGCCAUCAGCAUGUCCAUCAGAGACCUCAGCCUCCAGCACUGGCCCAAUCAGAUAGAGAAGGUCAAGCAGCUGUAUAACCAGAUUCUGGUGCGUCAUGGCGUCAUGCUUGUGGGUCCCACUGGUGGGGGAAAAACAGCUGUCAGAAAUAUUUUACAGAAAGCCCUGGUGUUACUUCCAAUGUUACAACUGCAAGUUGCCAGCAGUGAGCAAAGAGAUCCAAAUGUGAAAAGGCCAAGUAUCUUUUAUGUAAGUUAG